AUGGUUGCCGGAUCCAAAGUAUUUCUCAAGGAAUUGAAGCACAGAUGGCUGUUUGCUUGCCCUUCAUUUGAUGAGCAGGAGUUACAUCCCUGGGGGGCGGCCACUAAGAUGCAUACAAAGAGUUCCCAAGCACCAAGGGUCAUCAGGGGAGAGAAGGAUAGUUAG